AUGGUAAUGGGCAAAUGGGAGGCAGAUGGGAUUUGGUCGAAUGAAUGGAAUGGUAUGAUGCUGGAGUACAUUGGAAUGAUGACCUCAACAUGUAUUAUACUAGAGGGAGAUAUAUCUGAUGUAGAUAUUGAGAAGGAUGAUGACUUUGAAAAUGCCACAGUAGUUGAUCUAAAUAUGACCUAUGAUAUUUUACCAGAUAUUGGGUUGGAACUGGAAAAUUAUGAUAAUGAUAAUGAUAUUAUCCCAAAAUUUAAACAAGAAUUUUUGCCUCCACCUGAUAAGGAAAUUUUGCCUUACAAAUAUUUUAAAAAAUUUAUAGACGAUGAUAUUAUUAACAAUUUAGUAGAGCAAACGAAUAUUUAUUCUUUUCAAUUAUCUGGCAAAUCAACAAAUACAAAUAGUAGUGAAAUUGAAAAAUUUCUAGGAAUUCACCUUUAUACGGGCAUUGUUGAAUUGCCAUCAAUAAGGCAAUAUUGGGCUAUAGAGACAGUGAUUCCUCAAAUUUCUCAAUGCAUGACAAGAAACGGAUUCUUGGAAUUGAGAAAAUACUUUCAUAUUAAUGAUAAUAAUAAUAUAAUCCUUAGGGGCCAGCCUAAUUACGAUAAACUUUUCAAACUAAGACCAUUUAUUAGUGCAUUAAAAAUGUACAUGAGAAAGAUUCAAUUAGAGGAAAAAUUAUCAAUUGAUGAAAUGAUAGUCCCCUUCAAAGGGCGAUGUGAAUUUAAACAAUAUAUUAGCUCAACAAAACUGCAUAAAUGGGGAAUUAAAAAUUUCGCUUUAUGUGGAUCAUCUGAAAUGCUAUAUGAUUUCGAAAUAUAUUUAGGAAAAUGCACAAAUAUAAAAAAAACUUUGAUGGGAAUUAGCGGAGAUAUUGUUAUACGACUAUUAGAAACUGUUCCCCCACAUAAAAAUCAUAAAAUUUACACGGAUAACUUUUUUCCUUCAUAUAAUUUAGCAGUUGCGCUCAAAGAUAAUGGCUUUAUCAUGUCGGGGACCAUUAGAUCUAAUCGAUUAUUAGGAUGCCAUCUGGUUGAUGAUAAAAUCUUAAAGAAAAAAGGAAGAGGGUCCCUUGAUUAUAAAGUGGAUUCUAAUAAUAAUAUUAUAAUUUGCAAAUGGUUUGAUAACAAAUCGGUUAUCACGAUAUCAUUAUUUAUGGGUAUAAAUCCCUCAUCACGAACGAAAAGAUGGUCGGUAUCUGAAAAAUCUUUUAUUAAUGUCGAAAUUCCGGCUAUAAUUCAAAAUUAUAAUGCUGGUAUGGGAGGAGUGGAUCUCCAUGAUAUGUUAAUUAAACUAUUCAGAAUUGACAUAAAAUGGAAGCGCUUUUACAUGCGAAUUUUCUUUCAUUUAUUAGAUUCCUGUGUACAUCAAACAGAAAGAUGA